CUCCCCCCCCCACACCCGCCCAAGGGAGGAGGAAAUUGCAGGCUUCCUCACUGGCCUUUGAAGGGGCCCUGAUCUCACCACCCUCUUCCUCUUCCUCUUCCUCCCUCUCUGGAGUGGGGACUGCAAGCAGGCGGAAGAGGAGAUCUCCCUGCUGGUGUCCCCCGUUCUCCUUCCGGACCUUUUCCAAACCAGCUGCUCCUUCCCUGAAGACAAGACUCCGCCAGGCCCUGGGGGAGGAGGGGAGGGGGGAGAGAGAGACCCCUCCCCGCCAGAUGCCUCCAGGGAUCAGAUGCUGCUGCGUGGACCCACCAUGGAGAAGCCCCUUCCAGCUGGGGCAGAGAGGCAGCCUCUGGUGGGCCUGGGGGCAGACCCCCGCCUCCCCUCCAGCCCUCUCCCUCCGGGGGCACCAAGGAUGCCGAGCUCUGUCUGGAGCUCUCGGUCCCACUCUCCAGCCGCUUCCCCCCCUGGUCCCCCCCACCGGCCAGCCUUCCCUGGUGGACCUCGGGCCCCAGAAGUUCCCCCUCUGGAGCCCACCCAACGCCCCUUUCUUCUGUCCUGGAAGAAGGCUUUUGGGAGGGCCCCCCGAGAAGACCCCCCUCCCUUGGCCCCUUCCUCAGCCUUCCCAAACUCCUCACCCGGGAACCCAGGUCUGGAGGGUCCCGAGAGACCCUGCUUGGCUGGGGAAGAUGGUUCCACCGGUAGCGAGAGGAAGGAUGGGGAAGAUGGUGAGGAAGCCCCCUCAGAUGCCACCACCUCUUCCACGUCUGGGAAGCCCACGAGAGCCAUGAGCCACGGAGGGGCCUCCCCGGCUGCCCCGGGGUACGAGGAGAAGCUGGAGGCCUACGACCGCAAGUACGGCUACCUGAAGUCCUGGCCCGGCCUCCUGAGGCUCCUCGGGGGGCUGGAGCUCAUCCUGGGGGGAAUGGCCUUUGCCUGCACCGCGGCCUACAUCCAGAAGGACUACCAGUGGUCCCAACUGUACGGCAACAGCUUCACCGGAACGGACUACGGCUCCUACGUGCCCAUGACCCCCUUUGUGCUGGUGGUGGCCAGCCUGGCCUGGCUGCUGACGGUCAUCCUGCUGGCCCUGGGGGUGACCAUGCACUACCGGGCCAUCCUGCUCAACUCCCACUGGUGGCCCCUGGCUGAGUUUGCCCUCAACCUCUCCAUGUUCCUGCUCUACCUGGCGGCCGCCAUCGCCUACGUCCAGGACGUCAACCGGGGUGGGCUCUGCUACUCGGCCUUCGCCUACGGCCCCCUCCUCACGGCUCUGUGCCGGGUGGAAGGGGGUCAGGUGGCCGCCCUGACCUUCCUCUUCCUCGCCCCCUUCCUGUACCUGACGGGCUCCCUCGUCUGUCUCAAGAUGUGGCGGCACGAAGCGGCCCGUAGGACGCUGAUCCCGCUGAAGCCGCUUCUGCUGCCAGAGGCUUCUCCCCAGCGCCCCAGGGUCCCUCCGGGCAAGGGACGUCCAGCUGCCCGGGGCUCCCGGCACGUCCUGUUCUCCGAGGAGGAAGGAGGCCCAGAAGUGCUCAAGAGCCCCAUCCCGGUGGGCCAUCAUCACCCCAGGCCCCUCCUCCUCCCCGAUUACGUCGUGAGGUACCCGGCCAUCGGGAGCCCCGUCGAGCGCGAGAAGUACGCGGCCAUCUUCAAGGAUCAGUAUGCGGAGUACCAGGCCCUCCUGCGCCAAAUCCAGGCCACGAGGCAGAGGUUUCGGGAGCUGGACGCCCUGAUGCCCAAACUGCCAGCCCAUCCGCUGAGCAAAGAGGAGCAGAGCCGUGUCUCGGCUGUCUGGAGGGCCUACAGGGGCAAGAAGAAGGACCCCUCCUUCCUGGAGAAGAAGGAGCGCUGUGACUAUCUCAAGAGGAAGCUCUCCCACCUCAAGGCUCAGAUCCAGGCCUUUGACAAGGCGGAGCAGAGUGAGGCGUCUGUGGCCCUUUGACAAGGGGCCCGAAGGCCAGCCUGGCUGUGGAGCAUGGGCUUCGGACACCGGAUGGCAGACCCAGCAGCCCUUCAGGAAAGCCUCUCAGGAUGGGAAGGGGGGGGGAGGAAGAGGGCGAGGAAGAGGAGGAGAACCAGCAGCCGGGGGGGGGGGGCUCCUUUACAGGGGUAUCUGUACCUCUCUAUGGGACUGAGACCCCCCUGGUGGGGUGGGAUCAAGCUGGUUGUGGGCUACUUCGUCCGUCUGUCCUGGGGCUCCUUUCCCAGGUUGAAAGUGGCCCUUUGGGGGACUUCAUGCCUUCACCCCCCCCAAUGUGCUUGUUCUGCCCCCAACAGAAAAAGGGGGGCAGAUGGGGGCUCUUCCCCUGAGCCUCUCGGGGCAGAGAACCGGCCCAGAUUCCACCCUGUGCUGUGCCUGGCAGCCGUUUUUGAGAAUAAAUUGUGGGUUGAAGAGACAAAAUGACUUUCUGGGCGAUUUCAUCUUUGCUCAAAGGGCCCCCAGAAGAGAGAUGG